GUCCUAUGUAUAAAAAUUUGCGGCUUUAUUUUACAGUAAGGAGUACAACGAACUUGGUUCAUCUUUUUUCCACGCCUGCAGUACUACCCGAGAGUCAAGUUGUUCUAGCAAAGCCGCAUACUACAUAAAAACAUAUGAAGAAUAAAGAUGUCUUCGUUCUUCACACCAAUUUCUUCAGAUCACCGCCUGGUCCUUGCCGUGGUGCUGACCGUGAAUUUUUUCUGCAUUCUGUCCAACGAGUACGUCGGCAGCUACUACCGCAAGAAAAAACUGUUUCACUGUAAACUUGUGAUGCAGAAAAUGGAUCGCAGAAUUGCGUGUCAUGCUACAAAUGCAAGACAAUGGAUUCCUAGCUGUGUUUCCCCGUAGGAACGCCGCAUGGCAAAUUUCCGCGGUCAUGUAAAACAAACUUGUGAUGCAAAACUUGCAAAAUCCUUACAGUGAAACACUUUUUUCGUACGAUAGCUACGAGCGGCACCGAAAUGUCAUCUUGCCGGUGUCCCUGACCUGCAACGAGACCCGCGGGCAGCGCCUCCGCGCGGAUGUGUCGUUUGGCCUGGUGUCUUUCUGCGGGAUACUAUUCCUGUGUUGUUCGGAAACGAGUACGCUGCGACGAAACUGGGAGGACGUGGCGCAGAUUGCUAUCGCAAGAAAAAACUGUUUCACUGUGGACUUGUGAUGGCGAAAAUGGAACACAGAACCAUUUGUCUUGCUACACCUGCAAGACAGUGGAUUUGCAAGCGUGUUUUCCUUUGGGAAGCGCGCAUGACAAAUUUUCUGUGUCAUGCGUAACAAACUUGUGAUGCAGAUCUUGCAAAAUCAUCACAGUGAAACAGUUUUUUCGUGAGAUAAUUGCCGCGGCGGGAGGUGGAAUAGAAAUAAAUGCCGAAGAUGAACACCAUGCAGAUGAACAUACAUUCUCACAAGAGAACUACGUCGGAGAGGAUGAGAAAACAAAUUACACAGCGACGAACCAGGUUGAAAUCGACGAGGACCACCGCCCAGGGGAACUACGUGCAAGAAGAGCGUUGUCAGCAACUUUUUUCCAGCGGCUGGCCCUAUCAAGUGCAAAUAUGUCUGCGUCUGGACGAGUUGUCAUGCUGUUUUUGCAUGACGCAGUCAGAACAAGGUCUGGCAUGGAAGCUCUAGCAUCACAGAUUUCGUCGAGAAGGUUCCGCAAUGCCGAAACUGCAUGACAAACCUCCCAUUUGGUGACAGAAAAUUGGUAACUUUUGCUGCCUAUGCAUGAGAAAUUUUUAUGUGUUGUGAAAUGCGCAUCACAAGUUUGCACUCUUCCAGACCCGGACGCAUUUGCCAUGCAUAGGCCCGACUCCGAUGCAAAUUCUGCGGGAUAGUGUUCCUGUGUUGUUCGGAAGCGAGUAUCCUCUGCAAAAGUAUCGUACUCGUAGUAAUCGCAGUCAUGCAUUACCAAUCUCCCUUUUUAGGCGAGUCAGCAUCACAAAUUCCAUUUUUUCUUUUGGAAAAAUUUGUAAUGCAAUUUAUACUAGUACGUUACUUUUGCAUAUGCAUAACGAGCACGCUGCGACGAAACUGGGAGGACGUGGCGCAGAUCGCCGCGGCCGACGGGGACCCCCCAGGGGAACUACGUGGUGCAGCGACGUCGUCAGCAACUUUUUUUCAGCGGCUGGCCCGACUCCGAUGCAAAUUCUUCCUGUUCGUCCGGGACUACAAGAUACUUGCGCGCUUUUUCCUCGGCUCAGGUAUUCUACAGAAAAGGACACCCAUGCGACCAGCAGAAAAACAAAUUUGGCCUGCUCAGUUUGCAUCACGGCAAGUAGAAGCUCUCUCUAUGCUGAGGCCACAAGAGGAGAAAAAUUUUGUGCAGGCGGCGCACUGGGUAAGGGACGCACUAGUCAAGGGACGCACUAGUUAAAAAGGGGCGCACUAGUUAAGGGACGCACUAGUUUGUUACAGGACGCACUAGUUAAGGGACGCACUAGUUAAAAAGGGGCGCACUAGUUAAGGGACGUACUAGUUAAGGGACGCACUAGUUAAGGGACGCACUAAUUAAGGGGCGCACUAGUUAAGUGACGCACUAGUUAAAAGCGCACUAGCUAAGGAGCGCACUAGUUAAGGGACGCACUAGUUAAGGGACGCACUAGUUUAGGGACGCACUAGUUAAGGGACGCACUACUUAAGGGACGCACUAGUUAAGGGACGCACGACUUAAGCGCCGACGGACGAGUCAAGCGGCGCACGACUUAAGCGCCGAACGACUUAAGCGCCGAACGACUUAAGCGCCGCACUAUUUAAGCGAAGCACUUAAGCAAAGCACUUAGGCGAAGCACUUAAGCGAAGCACUUAAGCGAAGCACGUAAGCGAAGCACUUAAGCGAAGCACUUCAGCGAAGCACUUCAGCGAAGCACUUCAGCGAAGCAAUUCGGCGAAGCACUUAAGCGAAGCACUUCAGCGAAGCACCUAAGCGAAGCACUUAAGCGAAGCACCUAAGCGAAGCACUUAAGCGAAGCACUUAAACGAAGCGCCUAAGACCCGGGAUAGAAAAGCGCCAUCAGAAAGUUGGCCGCGGGGAGCGGCAAGAAAGGGCCCUGCUGUGCCACGAAUAUAUGAAAAAUACCCGAGGCGGAUCUACGGCGCUUUUCCCUCUGGUAUCGCUGCGCUUCUUUUUUGUAGGAUGUCGGGUAUCGGACUCGCGGGCCAGGGCUUAGUACACCUACAGCAAAAUUUCUUCUUCGUAACGGAGACGAUUUUCGAAACCGAGAUCGCUCUCGCCACGGCGGCAAGAUUAAUACCAAGUGGCAAGACAGUAGUUCCAGCAGCCGCGCCGGCGAGCACACCACCUCCCGAGCCUCUUCGAGCUGUGCACGACGGGUCCUCUCCCGAUGACGGCAUUGAGCUUCGCUCCUUCGUCCACCUCCUGUUCGCGGCGUUCUUCUUUACGCAGUCGUUGGCGCACUGCUUGCUGUUCACGAUCGUGCAGGCCCAGGCGGUUUUGGUCGCAGGUGGCAGUGGUGUGAAUUGGAAGCGGAAUGAGGAUCGCCCGAUCAGAACUAGUGCCCGCAGCGGCAUGGACAAUUUGGAACGGGACCAGCACCGCCAGCCCGUCGACAAUUUGGCGCAGAAGCUCUUGGAAUUACUGUCCCAACGAAGAAAAAUCCGUUCUACGCUCUACGCCCGGCUCCUGAUCGUGUUCGGCAUGGCACUGGCGUUUGUGAUUCGGGCGGGCAUGUUGCUGGAGUUCGUGCUUGGUUUCGGUUUCGACGCUAGAAAUUACUACGCAAGAACUACCUCCCAGAUGAGCACUUCAACGGAGCAGCAGGCCACGAGCAGUAGCGAUGGUGCGGCUUUAUCGACAGAAAGAUCCGCUGCACGCUUCGGAGCGGACACAAUCAUCACCUACAUUGGCGUGGGGCAGUUGAGCCAGAUCUUUUUCAUUUUUCUCUUCCUCGCGAGCUACAUUUUCGACGAGCCCGGGUGUUACAAGUGCUUGUCACGGGAGGUCGAAGGUUCUGGGACAAAGCCGGAUGGAACCAGCGGAAAUAGCAGUGCAUCUCAUCAUGAAAAUCCGCUUGCUACCCCGUUGGUGGUUCACGAAUAAGGGGGCCAUAGUUAUUUCUGAUCAGAGCAACAGGUUAUGAAAUGAAAAAAGAAAAACCUGAAAAAAGUUGUGCCACCUGCGAAAACCCGAGAUGCGGGAAUAAUCCAGACAAAGAUCAUGACAAAUAAGUUGUCCUACUAUGUCCAAGACCAAAAAUUCCUGCAUUUAAGAAUUUUUGCAACUUGCUGCAAUCUACUCAGGCCACCGUCACCGUUUUUACACUGGAU